ACCGGUUCGCAUCUCAGCUUGUUUACAAAUAGUAAAAAUUAUUGUACAAAGGUCGAUAUUUACAAUCAAAACUCGCUCAAUUUUUCUAAUAAUGUCCUCAUCGAACUCAGACACGGAAAGUACUAGCUACCAAACAGACGACUCUGAUUGGAAUUAUUAUCCCGGGAUAUUCGAUAUAAAAAAGACAAGUGAAGCGUCCGCUACUAAAGACGACAAAAGCACAGAUGACAACGCAGACGUUGGCCCAUACAGCAAUGAACCAGUUGCUGAUGAAGAAUGGCUUUCUAACUACCGUGGAAGAAAACAAAAAUAUGAUGACCGUUUGAAAGAACUUCAACGUAGACUUGACGGCGAAGAGAAAUAUGACCAAUGGUGUAAAUGUGGCAAUUGUCGAGUUGAGCUUCUUCACAAUGUUAAAGAGUGUCAGUGUUGCACGGAAAUAGAAGAGUGCGAACAAGCACUGAAUAGCGAACUCGUUUUGCAAGAGCUCAACACUGAGAAUCCUCCGACUUGCAUUGUCAACCAUCCUGGUUUUCAUAGCCUGUGCUUAGACAAGUGGUCACUUCGUCUAGCAGCUGCAAAGUUACGUACUAAGAAAAGCAGGAGUACCGUCAAACAAGCACAGAAGAUAAAUUUUUCGAAGUACGUCUUAUAG